AUGUCGGAUCAAGAGACUGCGGACAAUGCAGUAGCGGCCCAAGAUGGCGUCAUCGCUGAACAGACCUCGACAACAGCAGAAGAGGUAGUAGCGACUCCGGCAGAAGACAACCUCGAGGAUGCAUUGUUCGGAGAUGAUGACGAAGAAGAGGAGCAAGUGCACGCCGUUCAACGAAAUCGCCCCACCCGAAACGACGAAGUUACCGAGCGCGACGCCGGCGAUGACGACGAAGAUGACGAGGACGAAGGCGUCCAUCGCAAAGUUCGCCGUUCCAGACAACGUGUCGCUUCUGCCUCGGCCUCUCCUCCCCCUGUCGGAUCCAAUGGACUCACUGCGCCUCCACCUCUCGAUGCCUCUUCUCCCAUGGACGUACACGACGGUCGUUCCGACCGUUCAUCCCGUUCCGGCAGUCCGUACGGUCGACAAGGCUCGCAAGACCUCGAUGAAGACGCGCGGCGUCAACUCGAAUACAAAGAGGACGACGAAGACGAUCUUCAACCCGACGACAACAUUGAAGUAGCACACCUCGCGCUACCCCAACUGCCCGUGCGAAGGACCAAGGAACACUGGUUGGCAAGGAUACCUCACUUCCUGCGCUACGUCACCACUCCUUUCGAUGCCGACAGCUGGGAUGAGGAGCAGGAGGAAAAGAUGCUAUUGGAAGAAGGAUUCAAUUCCGGAUUCGGUAACGACGUUGGAGCUGCUAGUCUGCUGCGUACUUCCAACACCAUUCGAUGGAGGUAUACUGAUCAAGUAGACGAAGAUGGUGCACGAGUACCCGAGUCGAAUGCACGGAUCGUACGUUGGAGCGAUGGCACCAUGUCGUUGCAAGUCGGUAGCGAACUGUUCGAUAUCACUCAGCAGACGGAGAAGGGGCGCGUCUCAACCGCCAACACGGGAACAAGUACACCACAGCCGGGCACGAGCUCGCAAGCUGCAGGAUCGUCUUCGCGACUGUUGAGCCAAGCGACGCAGAGCAUGCCUAUGGGAUCCAGUGGAUCGUCCGACCGACCCGCGCAGUCCCUGUCGUACCUGGUGGUGCCACACGAACGCGAGCAGAUCAUGGAGUCACAAGGUCCCAUCGCAGGAACUCUGGCCUUCACUCCCGCCGAUACGCAGUCGGAAACGCAUCGUCGUAUCGCCAAAGCUCUGCGUUUCCAAAAGACCGCUCGGGUCGUCGCUACCGCUGCCGGUGCCGGCGCCUUGGAUCCUGAAGUCGAAAAAGCGCGCAUCGAAAAGGAACUCAAGGAUGCAGAAAAGAAACGCAUUCGCGAACGUCAAAAGGCGGAUCGCAAGAGCGGCAAGUUCGACGACGAUACGUUCGACGUCGAUGCGCGUCGAAGAAGUCGCUACGUCGCCGCUCGAAAGAGCGGUGGAGGUGCGCGCAACGCCGGCUAUUACAGCGACGAGAGCGAUCUCGGUGGUGUUGCUGAGGAACUGGGCGGUCGAAGUGGAAGCAAGCGCGGUGGCGCUGCAUCCCAACGUUAUGCCGAAGACGAUGACGAUGGCUUUAUUGUGGAUGACGAGGGUGAUGACGACGAUGACCAAGAUGGUCAAGGCCGCGGUGGUGGACGUAGAAAGAAGAAGCGCUCUUCGGAUGACGAGGAUGCGAUGGAAGUCGAUGAUGAGCCUGAUGAGAUGGAGCUGGCCGAGCAGAAGAUCGAGGAGGCCGAGCGAGCUAGGAAGAAGGCUGCUGCUGGAGAGUCCAAGAGCAAGCCGCGAAGGCCUGACCCGGCGUUCUCUUCGGACGAGGAUGAUCAAGACGCGGACGCAGACGAUGACACUCCAGCUGCCCAAGACGCAAGUCAACCCAUCGCCAAGAAGAAGCGCAUCAUCGAGAGCGAUGAAGAGUAA